AUGGGCGCUGACAGUGAGGUGUGCAACAGCGACGGCGAGAGUGGCGGGCAGACAGCAGCUGGCGAGUUUGCAAAGCUUGCUCGGCUCCCCGUUCUCCAUGCGCCCCGCGGGGCCCAGGGGGCGGAGCUGCCGGGGCUUCAGGCGGUUGGCGGCGGCGGAUCGGGCGGGGGCGGGCCCCAGCCCGGCAACAACCUCCGUGUGGGCCUCCUGAGCGCCGGCUGCUGCGCGGGCGCCGCGGGCAUCGCGUACCUGGCGCAGCAGACGUCGGGAGGCUCGGCGACUGUGUCCCAGGUGGACAUCCGGCCCAUGGCGGAGGACGUGUUCGAGAAUUCGGACAACCUGUUCGUAUUCUUCCUGGAGCGGGAGUCCGACGCGACCAGCAGGGUGGAGGACAUGCGGCGCAUCAUCAAGGUCGUGGCGAGCGAGCCCGCCAUGGCGGGCGUCACGUGGCACUACAGCGUCCGCAAGGAGGGCGACCCCGCGGUACCGGACGGCGCUGGCCCUACUGAGAACGUCUCGGACGAGUUCCCACCGCUCAAGGUGAUUAUGUACAAGGGCCAGCGGAAGACAGUGCUUCGCAUCGGAGCCGAGGUGCCCAAGGACGAGAUCGUCGGCUUCUUCACCCCAGUCUCCGAGACCUUGCCCGAGGACGCCAACGGCGAGGGCGUGAUCGUCCACCGCGUCUCCGGCAGCACCUUCGUCCGGGACGUUGUCGCGGCAAGCGUCAAUCGGCCAGUGUUGCUGCAGAUGUACGAGGACACCUGCUUUCUCUGCUUCCUGAUGCGGCCCUUCGUGAACUCGCUCGCGGAACUGCUGCGCGAGCACAAGGUGCCGCUCACCAUCAAGCGGCUCAACAUAGAGAAGAACGACUUCCCUAGCGGCUGCCCAGUGGCGAGGGGUACGCCCACCUUCGUCCUGAUGGGGGGCUGGCGGAUUCCGCGGACCGGUCGCGGUCGCGCAGCCUCAGAAGUGGGAGGAGUUCAAGCCGAAGGAGCUCGUGGAGAAGAUCUGCAAGGACUUCCCCUACCUGCCAGAGGACCUCUGCGCCAGGAUGGACGAGCUGCAGGGACUGGUGUCGAGGCGGUUCCAGCUCUUCACGCAGCUGGUCAUGUGGACGGUGGAGCUCCAGAAGCUGGAGGCGCUGCUGGGCGCUGGCGGCGAAGCCGCCGAGGAGGGCUCCUCAAAAGAGGACGCUGA